UGAUUUCUCGUUUGCCGUGCCGGAUGAUAAGGACUACAAGCGGUCCAUAGAUUACAUGUAUCAGUACUACGAUGGCUAUGGAGGGAAUGAGUACGUCCUCAUCACAGUAGCCGUCACUGACCACUUUACAGGACUAACAUAUCACACCAAUGCAUCUGUUACAUUGGCAAAAUGCCAGUAUAGCCUUGACUUUCAUGGAUACCCUGCCAUCAUCAAGCCUUCACUGAACUUCUCUGCACAGGUGAAAGUGUCAACCUUUGACGGCCGCCCACUCAGCAUGGAAGACCAGGGGAAGCUGCUGCACCUGACCAUCACCCAGAAGACCAUGAGCCCGUGGAGCUGGAGGGAGGAGGACUUUGACUUCAUGGGUCCCCGUCUGCAGCACUUGAAGAACGGCAGUGAUGAUGCGGCCCCUUCAGAGAUUCCUGUCAUCGUCAUGAUCCGUGAGGUUCCGGCUGAUGGGAUUGUGCCUGUCCACAUCCAGCUCUCCAGUGACGUCGCCACACUCAACAUUGAGGCACGGUUUGAAGAUGCUCAUAAGGGGCUUCAGCUGUACAACUCUUACACGUCACCAAGUAACUCCUACAUCCAGCUUCACUGCCAUGGUGAACCUGAGAUUGGAGUGCCACUUCAAUUCACUGUAUUGAGCAAUUUCCCGGUGAUGAUGAUUCAUUAUUUGGUGAUGGCUCGGGGUCAGCUGGUCAUGGCGGGGACCCAGAGCUCGGCAUCUUUCUCUCUGAUCCCAGAACACCGCUGGGCCCCCGAGGCCUGCGUGCUAGUGUACUGUGUCAGGCCCGAUGGAGAGAUAGUCAAUGACGCCCUGCGUGUCCCUGUCCACCAAGUCCUGAGAAACAUGGUGUCCCUGCAGUGGAGUCAGCCCAUGGUGAAGCCUGGUGAGGAGGUGAGUCUGGAGGUGUCUGUGGCUGAGGAGAACUCCAUGGUAGGCAUCCUGGUGGUGGACAAAGCCACCCGCCAGCCCGGGGCGGACAAUGACAUCACCAAGAAGAAGGUUCUGGACCAGCUCACUCAGUACAGCAUGGGUGGGUCCCCCAAUGACAUGGAGAAGAUGGGAGAUCCAUACUCGAUCUUCAUGGGUGCCAAUAUCAUGGUACUCACGGAUGCCAUCCUAAACCAAAGACAAAACAUGAGGCCUGAAUUUCGGGAGGUAGUAAUGCUCAGCCAGGACAACGAUGACCUAAUGUCGGAUGACGACAAGGCGGCUGUGCGGCAGUACUUUCCUGAGACGUGGCUUUGGAUGAACUCUGACCUCGGUGGCUCCACAGGGAAGAGUUUCCCGGUGACUGCACCAGAUAGCAUCACCUCCUGGGUGGCCACCGCCUUCGUCAUGUCAGAGACACUGGGCCUGGGGAUCAUCAAGGCCCCUGUAGAGCUGAAAGUGUUCCAAGACUUCUUCAUCGCCCUCAAUCUCCCAGCGUUCAUCAUUAGAGGGGAGCUGCUGAUCUUGGAGGUCAACCUCUUCAACUAUUUGGAUGAGGACCUGGAAGUCGUGGUGACUGUUGCUGAGAGUCAGUCCUUUGAGUUUGUCUUCCCGGACAGCGAGGGCUUGUCCAUGGCCGCUAAGCGCACCGUGACCGUAUGGAGGCAGAACGGCACCACGGUGUUGUUCCCUAUCAGGCCCACUGCCCUGGGGGAGAUCCCCCUCUCCGUCCAGGCCAUCACCUCAUACAGCUCAGACGCAGUCUUCAAGACGGUUCUUGUCAAGCCAGAAGGAAUCGAGCAGUCGUUUACUCAGACGGUGUUCUUGGAACUGCCUCCGUCAGAGUCAGACCUCUUCAAGGAGAUCUCCUUCACCUUCCCCACAGAUGUGGUUCUCGGCAGCGAGAGGCUUCAACUGACCGCCGUCGGUGACCUACUUGGGCCAUCCAUCACCGGACUGGAUUCCCUCAUUAAGAUGCCCUACGGCUGCGGCGAGCAGAACAUGAUCAACUUCGCUCCAAACAUUUACAUCCUGCGCUACUUGGCCAACAUCGGGCAGGACGACGCGGCCACCAGGGAGAAGGCUAUUUCAUUCAUGGAGCAAGGAUAUGAGCGUGAGCUGUCCUAUCAGAGGGAUGAUGGGUCGUUCAGUGCUUUUGGUGACAGUGACUUGGCAGGGAGCACAUGGUUAACAGCGUUCGUGCUGAGGUGUUUCCUGCAGGCUCGAGACUUCAUCUCCAUCGACAGCAUGGUGAUGGACAGAGCCGCCAUGUGGCUGGCGGCCUACCAGGAGCCCAAUGGCUGCUUCAUGGAGCCAGGCCGAGUCAUCCACACGGAGCUGCAGGGGGGCCUGGACGGGCCUGUGUCCCUCACGGCUUACGUACUCAUGGCCUUGGUGGAAGACGAGCAGUUAAAAAUCACCUAUGCAUCUCAGGUGUCCUUGGCCAAGAGUUAUCUUGAAGCUAAGGUGGAGGAGGGGAUUGCCAGCCACUACAGCCUGUGUCUGGUGACAUAUGCGCUGUCCCUGGCGGGCAGUGCCAAAGCGUCAGGAGCCAUGGACGAGCUUUUAGACAGAGCGGUGAUGCAGGAUGGGGUGCCAAUGUGGAGCGGGCCGUCUGACGGGGCGGGGCUGGAGGAGUCGUGGCAGCCGCGCUCGUCGGAUAUCGAGAUGGCCGCCUACACCCUGCUGUCCCUGAAGAGGCUGUACCGGCUGGAGCAGGGCCUGGCCCUCAUGAAGUGGAUCAGCCAGCAGCGCAGCCACCUGGGCGGAUACGGCUCCACGCAGGACACCAUCAUUGCUCUUCAAGCCCUGUCAGAGUACGCUGUCAUCAGUGGAUCUCACCUAAUCGAUCUCUCCAUUACGGUGGUCACCGUCCCCGAUGACUCAAACACGGUGGCCCAGUUCAACAUCGACGGGACUAACUACCUUGUCUACCAGACUCAGGAGAUCGAGGCCGAGACCGAGUUGAAUCUCCGGCUUCAUGCGGAGGGCAAAGGCUUUGCUCUGUUUCAGAUGACGGCCUUCUACAACGUGAUGGGGGAGCGCUUCUCCUCCCGCAAGCGCCGAGACACGCAUGAGAACGAGGCCUUUGGGCUCUGGGUGGAUGCCUAUGACGGGGACGAUUAUUACGUCCAUCUAAUCAUCUGUAUGAGCCUGCACGAGGGUCAGGGGAUAAACCGAACAGGCAUGGCCAUCCUGGAGGUGGGUCUGCUGAGUGGCUUCAUGAUGGCACCCGAGGAUCUCCCUCUCAGUGACCUGGUCCGCAAAGUAGAGAUCGAACCACACAAAGUCAUCAUCUAUCUUGACUCUGUUUCGACAGACGGCCAUUGCAUUGAUUUUCCCACAGUCCUUGAGCACCUGGUGGCCCAUGUGCAAGAUGCGGUCGUAACCCUUUACGAUUACUACGAACCCCGACGAAAGACAACAAGGACCUACAACUCCUGGAUCAGGUCCGAGUUGUCCCCGUGUGAUUUGUGUGGGGACUACUGUGAGGAGUGUCGGGAGACUGACUAUGAUGACGACUACUACGUGUCAGCCUCGCCCCCGUCACACUGCCAUGCAUGUGGCCUCCACACUCUAGCCCUUGCACUGUUUCUUCUCCUGUUUCGGGGUUUAUAAUGAAGAUCUGUUGUAUAUGUUCGUUCUUUUAUGAUCUUUCUCUCAUUUAUAAUGAUUAAAAUCAGUCUUUUAACACUUUGAACAGAAAUUAAAAUGGCUGCAAUCAUAGUUGGGAAUGUUGAUGAAAUUUUAGUUGGGGAUGUUUGUCUGACUAAAUUGCAUACGCCAUUUGGAUAUUACUGCCUCAUGUGAGUUUUGAUCACUUUUUUAAUGCACUGUUAUUUUAAUAUUUUUUUAAACUUUUUAACAAAUUUUUACCUUUUAACUAAUUGAAAGAUAUUUAGCAUCUUUUGAAUAUAGGCAGUAGUGCUGUUACGAAUAAAAUAUGAAAAAGUGAUACUGAUGUGAAUAAAA